AUGUGGACUUUUGAUGAUGCGUCGCGACUAGACGCGGAUAUGGAUGGCAUGCGAACGUGCCCAAGCUACGAGGCCGGGUUUGACGCGUGUGAUCCGUUGGGAUCGGUGUUCGAGUGGUCGGGACGUGGACCAGCGAGGGUUCUCAGGCGGCGCUGUCGAAGCGAAGGCGUGGAUAGGUCGCCAUACGAGGAUGUAACGCGUGAGUUACACCGCUCAGCGGAUAGUAGUACUCGCCAUCAUCGCGCUCUACCGAACAAGAGCUACUUCACCAUAAAUAACGGACACGACAUUCGCUUUGAUAGGUUCCAUCACGAGUGCUCUCUUCCGGCUUCUCAAAACGGGGAUUACCUUAUGGCUCAUGAGAGUAAUAUUCACCAUGGUUACCAACCUGGAAGAACAAAAUUUCAUAGAACAAGUCCAACUAGGCCACUUUUAGUCACCACUUUAUCAAACACCAAGCUAGAUGACAGCCGUUUACCAAAAGUUGAAGAGUUACUGGAAAAAGUAGAUCAGGAAAUGAUGGAAGUCACUAUGGCCAAGCAACCUUUAAAAUCUAUACUUAACAAUCCUUUGCCUAAAUCUCAACCACAAAGUAUAUUAAAGAAAACAAAAACAAGGUCUUAUCAGGAUCCAAAGUCAUGUAUUGAGGGUAGAAGAAGACAAAGAGCAUCUAGUGAAUCUGACAACUUUUAUUGUAAUUUUCACAUAGGUUCACCCAUACCAGGAUAUGAAAGUCACUUAUCAUAUCUGUCAAGUAAUAUGAAGCGAGUAAAAGAUAAUUCAGGUACCGGAUAUUCAUAUGGUACAGCAAUUGCAGCUCUCGGAAGUUCACCUGCAAAAAGUCCUUCAAAUUAUUCAAAAAGUAUUAGAUGUACUUGCCGAGAUCAAGUAGUUAUAGCUCCAAAGGAUGAUAUGUACAAAAUGCAUGUGUUAAGAACUACGGCUAUAAAUAGUGAGACUGUUGAUAUUUCUGAUGAAGUGCCUCGUCAAGACACUCAUACACCGACACGUCCCGCGGUGAGCCCCGCUCUACCGGUAAGCUCCGUAACAGCGAUACCCGUUGCGAAGAAAGCCGUCAAAACAAAAAAGAAAACUAAAACGAAAAUAAAGACCGCCAAAAUGAAGACCAGCACAAAAGAUGUUAUCGGAGAGACUGACGAUUCGAACAGUAGAUCGCCGUCACCUGAUGACCCGACUGUAGAGACAUGGCAAAUGGAUACCGACUCUAUAGAGGUAGAGAAACUAGACAAACCACCACCAAUAACGCUAGCUAAGAAUGAUCUAGAACAAAACUCCAUGGUCAAGUUGGCAAGCAAACUGAAUGGGACGGUCGUUUCUCCUAAGACCGUGCAGUCGAAAGAAUCAUCAUUAAAUUUGCCGGAGUCUAUAAGCAAUUGUCUCCGACCAUCUUUAUUCCCUCGCGUCCCUCCAUACCUUAAAUUCGUAGGUCACGAUGAGACGACUCCCUUAAAAAUCCCCUUAGCGAUACAAAAACAUCUAAAAUGGAAAGUAACAACAAUUACGCCGAUAGUUGUUAAGAAAACUUUGACGAAUUCUGGCUUCAAAUUGGUUAAGAGUGAGUGCGAUACAGCGGAAUGUCCACAAGAAGAAACAGUCGACUGGAUAGGCAUAUGGGGCAAACAUAUGAAGUCAAUAAUGUUCAGAGCGAUCAAAGACGGACAGAAAAUGAACCAUUUCCCCGGAACUUUUCAAAUAGGAAGGAAGGACAGGUUGUGGAGGAAUCUACAGAAGUUAGCGUCUAAGUAUGGAGUUAGUGAGUUCGGUAUCAUGCCCAAGACCUACGUGUUGCCUCACGACUUGAAGAUAUUGAAACAUGACUGGGAAAAGUAUGCUGCGAAUAACGAAAAGUGGAUCAUUAAACCGCCUGCAUCAGCUCGAGGCACGGGCAUCAAAGUAGUGUCCCGAUGGACGCAAAUACCCAAAAAGAAACCCGUCGUGGUCCAGCGCUACGUGUCCAAGCCCUACCUCAUCAACGGCAGCAAGUUCGACCUCAGGCUGUACGUGCUCGUCACCUCCAUACACCCGCUGAGGAUAUAUCUAUAUAAGGAUGGAUUGGCUAGGUUUGCUUCGGUAAAAUAUAACGAUGAGUUGUCAUCGCUAAAUGAUAGAUACAUGCAUUUAACUAAUUACUCCAUCAAUAGACUGUCAAAGAGUUACACUCCCAAUGAGGACUUUGCCGCUUGCGAAGGACAUAAAUGGACUCUGCAAACUCUAUUUCAAUACCUAAAGACUGAACAGAAAGUAGACGUAGACACGUUGUGGGAGAACAUAAAGGACCUCGUGAUCAAAACAAUCAUAUGUGGGGAAGCAAGCAUCAGUUCGCUGACCAAAGCUAACGUCACAUCGAGAUACAAUUGCUACGAGUUGUUUGGUAUCGAUGUAUUGCUGGAUCAGGAUCUGAAACCCUGGCUAUUGGAGGUGAACAUCUCGCCGAGCCUGCACAGCGCGUCGCCGCUGGACACGCACGUGAAGGGCCCGCUGGUGGCGGCCGUGCUCAACGCGGCGCAGUUCCAGGUGCCCGCGCGCGCCGACCUGCACGCGCUCGACCGCGACCGCCCCGGCAAGCUGGCGGGCUUGCCUUAUGAUAGUAGAUUAUACACUGUAUACCUAUCUAAGGAAGAAAGAGACAAGCAUAUUAUUUAUACUAAUAUGGAAGAUAGAGAUAUGUACCUGCGCGACAUCCUGGCGACGCUGACGCCGGACGACGUGCGCCACCUGCUGCAGGCGGAGGACGAGCUGACGCAGGGCGGGCGCCUGGAGCGCGUGUUCCCCACGCGCGCCACGCACCGCUACCUGCGCUACCUCGCCGGCCCGCGCUACUACAACCGCCUCUUCGACGCCUGGGAGACCAGAUACGCGGCCGACCGCGCGCCCGGUAUCGAGUUGCUGCGCGCGCUGUGCGACAUCGGCUACCACCUGGAGACGCCGCCCGUGCCGCUCAAGGUACCCCCCGCGCCGGCGCCCGCGCACGCGCCCCCCGCGCUGUGUUCCGUGCUCUUGUUGUGUGUGCUCGCCUUUAUUAUCAAUCAUUAUGUGUUG